AUGCCCAUAAGCUCGAUCAAGUGCUGUCUGAAGUUACCACUUGCAAAAAAACGUUCAUCGAGAAAGUUAAACAGGUACUCAAAGCAGUCCCGGAGUUUGAAGCUUCGUGGUGUUAAGAGCAGUCCUGCUGACUUAGAAGAACUUUAUGGUUUGUACACGGAGGGGCAUCAAGAUAUCACUUCUGAAGAUUUAAGACAGUUGCGUAAGCGAGAAGAGUCAGCAUUUCUAAAGGAAUUGAAAGAAGGAAUCACUAAGAUAGCCGAUGGGUCUUUUUCAGUAUGGGCUGAUGAUUUCACACAGUUCGUUAAUAAAGAGUGGUUUGCUAUCGAAAAUAACAUUAUCCGGAACAAGGGUAUGCUUAAUAAGGCAAAAGCUCUACUUGCACAGUGCAAAACUUCCUACGCUGAGAAUCUGAAAAGGACUUUAACAGAACAUGGAGCAAAAGACUGCGCAAUGACUUUAGAAGAGCUUUACGCACAGAGUACAAUAGGAAGGCAGUUUACUGCUGAACAACUAAACCAGUGGCAAAAACAAAAGAAGCAUGACACUGUAGCUUUGUUCGAAACAGAAAUCAGAAAAAUUGCUGCAGGAUCGUCUGCCAAAUGGGCUCAAGACCUAAAUAAGUUUACUGAGAAUCUUGCAUGUUACGGAAUACAGAGAACUGUAGCAGAUUUGGAACAACUUUAUCGAAUGAGCUUCAAUUCCGGUACCACUAUUUCGGAAGUGAAGCGAAGACUUCAAAACGAAAAAAUUAAGGCUCAAAAUCAAUUAAAUUCGGUGAUUGGGAAAAUUGCUAAAGGUUUACCAGCAGUGUGGAUGAGAGAAUUUGAAAAGUUUGCUGAGGAUUUAACUUUACGGGGAGUGAUUUACACUUCGGCUAGUUUAGAGAAUCUUUAUGAAGUGAAAUCGAAAACAGUUUUAUCAAAUUAUGAAUUGAAAAGCCUAAGCGAUCAGAAGAAAAGUGAAGCAGUGAACACUUUUAAAAAAGCCCUGAAAGAGAUCGCUGGUGGAUCACCUGUACCUUGGGUUAAAGAUCUGGAAAAAAACAUUGACGUAAUGAGACUUUAUAUGCAACUUUUUUUGGGUUAUACUGAUACAGCAAACAAAAAUUUUCAACGUUCAAUCGUUUUUCAGAAUUUAGCUGAACAUGGGCUAAAGCGUAGUUGGGCUAACUUAGAAGAACUUUACAAAUUGCGCCAUCAAAGGAGAGGUUUUACACUACGAGACUUAGGCAAACAGGAGACAGAUGAAGCUGUAUUGGCAUUAAAAAGAGAAAUUGAGCCAAUUACUUGUGGAUCAUCGGAAAAUUGGGUCAGAGAUUUGAGGCAGAGCAUUGAGGUCGUAUAUGAAGAGAUUGAGACAUUUGAGCAAAAAAACGCCGAAAAUCUUCAAAGAGUUUCAAGUUUACUUGAUAGCUGCACAAACUUUUAUGUCAAUCAAGUACGACAGGGGUUGAAUGAUCUCAAUAUAAAAGUUUCUCUUGCAGACCUAGAGCAGCUUUAUAAUUUGCGUUAUGAUUGUUAUGAGGGCUACCCUUGUAAUGCAUUAAACCAACUGCACGGCCAGAAACGACAAGAGGCUAUAAGUAAACUUACUGAAAAAAUUACAGCUGUUGCUAGUGGAUCAACCACAUUAUGGAUUAGUGAUCUGGAGCGGAGAAUCUCGAACGAAUACCAACAAAUGAAUUCAACCCUGCAAAGGAAUGCUAACAAUCUCCGAGACGUCGAAAAUUUGCUCACUAAUUGUGCAUUUUUUUAUACGAACCAAAUGCACCAGCAUUUAAAAGGAGGUAUAAAUUUUGAUGUACUGAGAGACCUGGAUGAACAAAAAGAGUUGGAAGCCGUGGAGAAAUUUAACAGAGAAGUCGGAAAUAUUGAAGCUCAUGACGACGUUUCUUUAGCUUACUUAGACGGGCUGCGUGACCAGGUGUCGUCCAAAGCCUUGAGAAUGCUUAGCAACAAACUGAUAGAAAUCGGUUGUGGAUCAUCCACAAAUGUUUGGACUGAAGAUCUGAAGAGGACUGAGAGAGGAUGGUGGAAUGGAAAUGACGUCGACUUAAAUAUGAUUUACAGAAGGGCGUCGACACAACCAAAAGUAAUAACGACAACUCAUCGUAGACGCGAUCCCAGUCCGGACUGCACACUGCUCUAA